GACCCUCCAGCUGAUUUCGUUACUGCAUGUAGUGUUCUGUUUGUAGCCAUUGCUGCACGGUCGUGUUCACAUCGUCAUCGUCGUGUUUUUGUUUUUAUAAACCUGCCGUUAUGGCUCAUACAGCACAAGCAAAUGCCUUCGACGCCAACAACCCUCAAAUCCAGGUGGAACACGACAAAAAGCGUCGACAGUUUGUCAUAAGACUAAACGGGUCUCACGAUCGUGCAGUUCUUCUGUAUGAAUACGUUGGGAAGAAGACGGUGGACCUGCAACACACUGAAGUUCCAGAUGCUUACAGAGGGAGAGGAAUUGCCAAACACCUGGCCAAGGCGGCCAUGGACUUUGUGGUGGAAGAAGAUCUGAAAGCUCACCUGACCUGUUGGUACAUUCAGAAAUACGUCAAAGAAAAUCCUCAACCUCGUUACUUCGAACAUAUUUACCAAUGACCUCACGUGGUGCCAAAAGACAGGCGAGAGAGAGAGAGUGACUCUCAGAAGUGAGAUAAGCUUUGGAUUUAAAGGCUUCCAUACAAAAAAAGACCUUCCAGGCAUUGUGAGAAGGAAGCAGCUGAUCUCCUUGCACGAAACUUCAACGCUGACUUGACUUGGUCACAUCUAUCCGCAACAAGGGGAAGCUCCUUCGGCAGAAAACAGGACAUCCAUCAGCUGACUUGAGUCCAAUGUCUCUAUCAGAUGGAAAAGCUUCAGGGUGUGAAUUCUUCACCUGUGUGUAUCUGAAUGAAAUGGGGGUCUCAUUUUAUUUCCUCACAGGUAGAAGCCAGAGCUUAUAAGGUGUCUGCACCUUUGUUUUUCUUCACGAUGGUUUAACAGAAUUUUCACGUAAUUUGGCAUUUGUUUUCAUUUGACCUUCCCUCUGCCGCCAUGUUCUGUUGAAAUGCAUGUUGUGGUCAUUUUUUUCACUGGGGUUAUGACUUCAAAUGUGUAAAAAUGUAAAUUAGCACCAGACAAAGUAAAUGAUGCAAGACAACCUUGCGCUAGUUUAAAAGAAAUCAAACAAAUCUAUAGUUUGGUAAGAAUGUAUUUUCAACCUCACAAGAAAUUUACAAAUUAGACAGUUUGUUAAAACUCAUUUCGCAA